AUGGCUUUUUUGGUUGAGUUGUGGGAUUCCAUCUUUACCCCAGGAACCACGCCUGCGUUGGUCACUGCUACCCAUGCGUCGUUCAUUUUAUUAAUUCUAUCUUUAAUAGCAUUAAUUUUCCUCGUCAAGUCGAUCCAUUUCGUCAACUUGUUGGUCAUUGCAGUAUUGUUAUAUGCUGCUGUAAUCUGGUUCAUCAACGAGUUGAAGAAUAUAAAGUUGAAGAGCAACGAGGAGUUAGAAAAAGAAGCCAAUGAACAGAAUGUAGCUCAAAAGACUGAUGAUUCGAAGACCGAAGAACCAGCUGCCAGUACUACAGCCACCAUCAGCCAAAGUCCGAUCAGAAAGAGAAAGACUUGA